CUUUUCGUUCUGCAACCAUUCACCUCAUUGCCAUGUCUUUUGCAGAGAAGCAGCUUGCCAAGUUUGGUUGGAAGAAUGGUGAAGGGCUUGGGAAGAACAAGGAUGGAAUCAAGAAGAGUAUUUCCGUCGUCAAGAAAAACGAUACCAAGGGUUUAGGUGAAAAGCUAGACAAGUGGGAUUUUGCUUGGUGGGAUCAUGUUUUUAACAAAGCAGCCUCCAAUAUUCAGAUUAAUAAGGAUGAAACUGGCGAAGUCAAAGUUGAGAAGCAGACUACAUCCGGCAUUCAGCUGUCACGGAUGGGCAUCAUCUCCACCUCUCGGCCUUCAGGACCAUCACAGUCUAGCACUUCCUCGACACCGACCAUGGGUAGUAUGACUCCUCGAGAUGAAUAUGCUCAAGAUGACGCAGAGAAGCCGGCGCUCGUAGUAAAGCCAGCACCUUCGUGGCUUUUUGGGUUUGUUAAGGCAUCCGCAAGCAGUGUAGUGGCUGAGGACUCUAAGAGGACAAAUCAGGAAUUCACUACUAGUGCUGAUAGUUUUUCUGCUAGAGCUGGCUCCAAUUACGAGGUAUUGAAGGCUGCUGAGGCAGAUGAGUUUAAGGAUUACUCGAUCAAGGUCACCGAUCAAGAGCUAUUUGAGGCCUGUGAAGGACGGACAGCUAGAAAAGGAGCCAGAAGUGAGCAGCCUGGAAAAUUGGGUAGAGUCAUGAAAGAAUUACUGGUUGACAAUGACUUGGAGAGGACUGAAAACUCCAGCAAAAAGGAAGAGAAAGCCAAGGAUGAAUCCAAGGAUAUGAGUGAGAAGGGGAAGUCGCCAAAGAAGGAUGAGAAAGAAAAAAAGAAGAAAGAAAAGAAAGAGAGUAAGGGAAAGUCGAAGAAGGAGAAGAAGGAGAAGAAGGAGAAGAAGGAGAAGAGGGCAAAGGAGAAGAAGGUGAAGGUGAAAAAAGAGAAGAAAGAGGAAAAGGGAAACGACAAGCAGACAGGCGAUUCUGAAAAGAAAAAUCGAAAAAAGGACAAGAGUGACAAAAACCUAUCAAAGAAACGCAAAGUGGAUGAGUGCGAGCUGCACACAUCAAAGAAGGCUAAGAAGUCCAAGAGCGAGUAGAAAAUCCAUUGCAUUUUGAUUACACAUUUACAUAGACUAUUUCAAUGUUCCUGUACUAUAUUAUCGGCGCACCAAGACAUACAUAAAAGACUAGAG